AUGGAAGCGGAAGAAUUUUUCGAUACAGGACAAACGGUGCAGCACAACCACAAAGCCGGUGUGAUAAUGAGCAGCAGUGAUUUGGCUCUGCAAGGGAUUACAAGGCAUCAAGCCGGAAAUUACACAUGUAUCGCCUCCAACGUCGAGGGUGAUGGCGAGAGCAAUGUUGUUGAGCUUCGCGUAAUGUAUAAGCCAAUCUGUCGUCCGGACCAGAAGCGAAUUUAUGGUGUGGCACGAAACGAACCGGCCGAGAUACUGUGCGAAGUGGACGCAUAUCCAGCUCCAGAAACAUUUAAAUGGUCCUUCAACAACACAGCAGAAACAUUCGAUAUGCCCCAAAGUGGAUACAGGGUCCACUCUGCCCAGGCAUCCACAUUAACGUACACACCUGUGAAGGAAAUGGAUUUUGGCACAAUUAUGUGCUGGGCAGAUAAUGUUGUUGGGCAGCAGAAGGAGCCCUGUGUAUUCCAUCUGAUAGCAGCAGGAAAGCCAGAUAUACCCUACAAUUGCACGCUGAUCAACCAGACGUCGGAUUCGUUGGAAGUCGAUUGUGCAGAAGGGUUCGAUGGUGGACAACGGCAGUGGUUCAUCAUGGAGAUAUUUGAUGAGGAAACCGGACUACUGCAAGCAAAUGUGUCUUCCAAGUUACCUCUUUUCGCAGUCGGUGGUCUAGACGCUGGACGUCUCCUCAGGAUAUUAAUUUAUGCUGCCAAUGUGAAAGGUCGCAGUGAUUCAGUGACCGUUCAGGCGUUCACACUGAAGGCGGCAGAAAAACAAACGGGGCGGGAUGGGAAGCACAAUCAAUUCGAAUUAGCGUCGAUACUAUCAGUUGCAAUAUUUAUCGGUGUGCUAACAGUAUUAGUAUGCAUUGGGGUGGUUAUGUACAUCUUGAGGCUGCGCAACGGGACAACAUAUAACCUCCAUCAUCACCAGCAUAAGAACAAAAACAACAACAUGACACGUCCAGGGAAUUUGCCGAUCAAGGAGAAAAUUUCCUUGCCACUGAGUCAAUCUGAGGAUUUGUACGAUGAGAAGAAUCCCGAUGUUGUACCAUACAAUGAAGAUCCUGACUACAAAAUGAAAUCAGCCGCCCAAACUCCAGCGGCGCACCACAAUACGCGCUCAAAUGAUCCAGAAGUGGUUGGUAGAAUGGUAGACGAUAGGAAAACAUAUUUAGCAACGCAAGAUGAACUCCACUAUGCGGAGCUUUCAUUGGCCGUGUCAAAGCACAUAGAAAGCAGCGGCGGCAGUGGCGGAGGUGGGCCACCGCCGGGGCUACUCUGUUCUGGGAGUAGUAAACAGCUUCAGUCGGGACCAACGGGUGUUCCCACAGUACAGGAUCCCAACCAGAAGAAACCACCUGCGUACAAUUACUUCGACGAACCCACCAUCUAUGCUCAAAUUGACCACAACUACAAGGUGCCGGCGAAUACGGCCAUGCCGCCGGCCACCUCACCCUCAUCCACCGCCGCGGUUGCGCAGACGUCGACGCUCUACCCGGCAAAACCCUUCCUACGUGAAAUCGUCACGAUGCGAACGCCCCUUGUGUUCACGCAACAGGAGAGCUGUGUCUAAUACACACCCCAUGGCCGCCGCCAGUGAGCCACGUCGGCUCUCACCACCCAAAAACAACCCGCGGAGGAACAAUAGCUCCAAUGUAAAAUGUAAUUUUUUUUCUGGCGCAAUGCCUUUAGGAUAAUUUCUAUACAUACACUAAAAAUGAAAAAAAAAAUCUCAACACAAAAAAAGGAAAACUAUAUUGUGGAAGUCUUCCAGAAUGAGCUGGACCUUCCGCGUGUGUAUAAAAAUGAAAACUCUUUCAGAGACCGUUUAAAAGAAAAUCACGAGAAAUUGAGUUCCAUCAGAAAAUGAUGCUGAAUGCUACUUUUUUUCUCAUUGUACUGAAUGAACAAAAAUAAGGAUUUUUUACUCUCUAUAUCAUUACAACGAUUAGAGGCAAAAUUAUGCUCUUUAUAAAAAACGCGACAACUCUACUUUUCAUAUCAUCUAAUUCCUUCCAAAAUAAAUGAAUAAAAUAAAUUUAUUUUUCAUUGAAUUUGUAAACUUCGAAAAUGUAUAAAUUUAUCGCAUAAGGUUUCACUCAUUCAACAUUUUUAGCAAAACUCUCUCAAGAGUUCUUUUGGAUGGAAUUUGCAGCAAUACAAUAACAAAGAAAAAAAGUCAUUACAAUCCUGUAUGUGGUUAAAAUGGAUAUUUUUUAAACGAUUGUUUUAAACCAAGAAAAUGCUCGUUUCUUGGUUUUAAUUAAUCUUUUGUUAGGUAAAAGAUAGCCAACAGGUGAUUUUCCUUUAGUCCUACAGGUGACCAUUGUAAUAAAGUUUUGUUAGAUUUUGAAUUUAGAACUUUUAAAUAAAAAUACAAAGAAAAUAUUAAAGUUAAUUUUUUUUCUUUAUUUAUUUAUUUUUAUUAAACCGUCUUCCCAAUCGAUAAACGAUCUAAAAACUCAAAAAGUCCCGUGGAAAAAUAAUUAGAAGAGAUUUAAAUUUAUUUUUAAGAACCCAAUUUCUUACAAAUCUUUUUUUAAUGGUGUUAAAAAAUUAGUUUUAGACUAAGCUAUUUAGUUUCUUUCAUUUUGAAAAUUAAUCAAUUAUUAGUUUUAAAAAAAAAUUAGGUUAAUUGGGUUAAUUAAUUACCUAAAAUUUCAUUUUUUCUCAAGUUUACCGCGCUUGUAAAUUAAAUUUAAUCAAACGAUUGGGUGUGAUUUUUAGUACACCCACAACCACCUCCCUCUACCACCCAUUUAUCCAUAGAAUUUAUUUAUAUAUUCAGACAUUAUUUAAUGCAAUUUCAUCAAAUUUCUUUGUAUAAAAUUCCUGAAUUAUGGCAAAUUAAAUAUUUUCACAAAUUAAUUGGCAGAGGGAGUGCAUUUUAUUGUGUUAAUAAAAUGAAUAAAUUAAUAACUUAAUUAUUUUUUAAAUGCCGCCAAAAUUGUCCAUUAAAUAAAUCAAUUAAACUGCAUUGAACAUUAAAAGAUUUAUCGUAAAAUGUUUGUUUUUUUUUUAAUUUUUCAAAGGAUUUUAAAUAAAAUAUUCGUUGAAAUUGUUUUGUGGAUAUUUUAGCUUCAGAAUUUUUCGUUUUUCUUUUAUGUAAAGUCGACAUACAAAGAAAUCAUGAAUUAUGUAAUGGUCACAAAAAAACAUUUAAAAAAAAAAAGCUCAGAAAGUAAUAAAUAGAAAAAGUUUAUACCCUUAAAUUGUACACACCCUGUAAAAAAAAGAAUAAAGAAUUUUAUUUUAACAUUUUGAGAGAAAAAUCGUGUGAAUGUGAAUAAAUAAACAGAUGUUUUUGGAAGCGAAUACAUUUAGACAAAAAAAAUCAAGUAUGGGAUUAAUGAAAAAAAAACACCAAAUUAACAAUAUAUUUCUCAAGACAUUAAAGAACAAAAAACAAGAAAAAUCUAUCAAAUUGUAAACCUAUAUUCAAUGUUUGCAAAAAAAAAGUAUGUGACUUUGGAGACAGAGGAUUGAAAAGUAAAAUGGAAAUGAAAAAGCAACUUAGAUAAAUUUUUGUAUUUAAAUGAAUUUAAACGUGUAAAAAUAUGUAAAAAAAAAUCAUAACUCCUAAAUAAAUUAAGGAAAAAAAUUUAUGAAAAUUAUAUUAAUUGAUAAAAUGCACUGUCAUUUCUUUUUUUAAAUAAA